AUGUCUUCCUCGGCCGAGAAGAAGCCCAGGCGCAAGCAGCAGCAGAAGACAUACGAGUCGGAGCCGGAGGAGCUCUCGUCCGCAGAGGAGAGCCCCCCACCCCGCCGCAACCGCCAGAUGCAGAGGCGAGGACAGAAGAAGCAGCAAGGCGGCGGUGGUGGUGGCCUGGGAGGUGACCUCCUGGGCGGUGGUGGCCUUGGAGGCGUCGGACAAACAGCAAACGGCCUCGUCGGCGGAGCCACGGGCGCGCUAGGCGGCAUUGCAGGCCAAGCUAUGGACCAGGGCGGCGGCGGCAAGAGCGAUACGCUCCGCCUGCGUCUGGACCUCAACCUCGAGGUCGAAAUCACACUCAAGGCCAAGAUCCAUGGUGACUUGGAGCUGGCGCUACUGUCGCUGCACCGGCUGGUGCCCAGAAUGUCGUCGGACUCGUCGAAGCCAGACGGUCAAAGAGGCUGGGGCCUCAAGAAUCGGUCCAAGAACAAGAUCACGAGCCACGAAUCGGUCGAUACGGCCGACCAGCAGCCGGCGGACGCCGAUGACUUGAGCGAUAUCAAGCCGGUCGAGGAGGUUGAGAGCGACGAGGAAGAAAACGACGAGAGGCUUGCACAGCACCAUCGACUGAACCAUGGCCAAGAUGGCAGCGGCGGCAGGAGAAGCAGCAAGCAGCACGGGCGCGACUUGCGCAAAGAGUUUGAGAAGCAGACGCCCAAGGUGGGCGCAAGCGUGAGCGCACAUGACGCCUACAAUCAAGAACCGGCCUACGUCUCGCCCAUCCCCAAGAUUCCACCAAUCCCGCCCAUCGCAAGUCCCGGGUCGGGGGAAAGCCGUGACAGAGAUGACAGCAAUGGCGUUCCCGCGUCAAACAGGCCACGUAUACCGCGGUGGGUUACCGAGAGGCUCAUAGGCAAGAGGAUAGACGAAUAUGGCGAUGUUGUCGACGAUGAUGGCAAGGUUCUGGGCCGAGUGGCGGGCGAUCUACCAUCCAUGGUUGGGCGCACCGUUCUGAACCAGCGCGGUGACAUAUUAGGCGAUGACGGGGAGCUGCUGGGCUACGUAGCCGAGGUCACCCCCUCCAAGGGCAAGCAAAAUGAGGAUGCCAACGACGGGGACGAUAUGGCGAGUUACACAGAUGGUGAGGAUGACGGUGCACCGCGAUCCCCGCCAAAAAGCAUAGACCAGUAUACAGGCAAGUCCAGCGCAAGCCUACAGGUCGACCACAGAGGAAACAUUCUCGACUCGUAUGGUAACAUCAUCGGGCACUUUCGAGACAACCUCAGGAACCCUAAAACAGAAGCAGAGAUCAAAGCAGAGGAGAGGCAGCAGCAGCGGGCAUCCUCUAGAGAUCAGGAACAGUCGGGACCGUCGAACCCGAGGACAAAAGAGAAGCCAGCAGAUGACAGGCCACCAAACGCUGCGGCUUGGCGAAAGGAGAAUGAGAGUCCUUCUGAUAUAUUUUUGGACGUCAAGUCGACGACAGAAGGCAUUCAGUUGACCAUUCGGAUCCCAACCGUGUUCCCGAACGGUGGAACUCCGCGAGUGAACUUUUCCUAA